AUGUUAAAUAAAAGCGCAAUCAACAUAAACGACACCAGCAAAAUAUAUAAGCAAAGCAAUCAACUUGGAAUUUUAUCUACAGCUAUUAGUAAGAUAGGAAAUGCUGAUCACUCAUUUCACAAAGGAGUAAAGGCAAAUGCGCUUAUUCAGAGAAUCACCAGAACGAAAUAGAAACAAUCAUUUUAAGAUUCUCCCUCAAGAACGAAAUAGAAAAUUGAUAGAUUUAAGAAUUGGGACUCCAAACUAGACAUAGAACUAUAAUUACAAAAUACAGGGAUAACAAGAAUGGGAAAUGAUGCAAUCUAUCAAUCUGGUCUAGAACUUAAUUAUACUAAAUUAAUCUAAUUUAAUGAGAGAUUAAAUCAAAACAAUCCAUCAAUUUCAUAAACAGACAUAGUAUCAUUAACAGCUAAAUUGAAUGCAAUUCCAAGAAACGAAUUAACAAAUUUUACUAGAGGUCAUGCUCAUGAAUUGUCCACACUUUAAUAAUCAUUACAAAGAAUACUGAAAUCAAGCAAAGCCUGUUGA